AUGCUACAAAACAAUCUUAAAAAUAAAAAAAAGAAUAUUAAAAAUGGUGGAAAUAAAGUUAAUAAUGUUAACAGAAAGACAAAGGGUUUAGCAAAAAAAACUAUAGUAAAUGAAAAGAAAAUCGAAAAAAGUCCAACCACUUUAAGAUGGAUAAGUCUGUUAAGAAAUUUGAAACUGAAACAGUUAAAAAAGAAUAUAGAUGAUGAAAUGAAUAACUAUGAAAUAAAUAAAAAUAUCAAUGAUAAGAUGUUAUUGUUUUUAAAUGAUAAUUUAGAAGAAAAUAUAAUUUUAGAACAAAUUGAAGAUUUGAAAAAUAGCAGUGUAAAUGUGUUAAUAGAUAUACAUAAAGAAAAUAUAAAUAAUAUGGAAAAACAAUUUGAAGAUGAAAUAAAAAAGUUAUUUAAAAAUUUUGAAGAUGAUCAAGAGAUUUUAAAAAAAAACAGAAAUAGUAUAGUUCAUAAAAUAAAUAUUUUUUACAAUAAGAUGGAAGCAGAUAGAAAGAGCAGAAAAAAUAAUUUGGAAAAAGACGAACAGGCUGUUAUGGAUGAAAUAUAUAAAAAUAACAUUGCCGAAAAGCAUAUAUCAAAUUAUAAUUUCAAAAAAAUUAAGGAAGAAAAUGAUAAAACGUUUAACGAUCUUCUUAUUGAAAAUAAGAGAACAUUAAGUGAUGAGGAUGAAAAAUAUAAUUUAAUAAAAAUAAAAUAUGAAAAAAAUGAAAAUAAUUUAUUGUCUAAGGAAAAGGAAGCUCACGAUUUAGAAGUAAAAAUUGAUAACUGGAAACUGAAGCUCGAAAAUGAAGUAAAAAUAUAUGAAAUUCAGAUUGAAAGAUUAAGGAAAGAAAAGAGCCAACUGCUAAACCAUAUAAGAACCAUUAAAUUGAUUCUUAAGAAGUUGAAACAAAAUGAUAAGCAAAGAUUAAUUGAUAUAACUUCAAAUUCGAGCAAAUGUAUAAAAAAAUUAGAAGAAAAUAUUAUUCUGGCAAAUAAGUUGAUAAGUACGAACAAUUUAUGCAGGAAAUAUGAGACCGAAAGAGAAAAACUUUUUUCAUGUUUAAGUUUGGGGGAUCCAAAAAGGGAAGACAUAAUAAUUGAGGAAGAAAAGGAUAGGCUUAUUAGUAACAACAAUUUAAAGGAAGAGAAAAUAAGUCUGUUUGAUAAUUUUUUUAAGAGAAAAAAUAAAGUCAUCUUAGAUAUAAUAAUUUUAAAAAAAGAAUUAAAAUUUCUUAAGAAAAAAAAUAAAGAAUAUCAAAAAAGUAUUGAUGAAAUGGAAGAUAAAUUAAAUUUGAACAAAACAGUGAAAUUCAAAAAGGAAAAUUUUAUUAUAUUUCCUUCCUAA